CCAGCUCUCUGCCUGUGCCCUUAGCGUGCCUCCCUCUGCUCGCUGCAGCAGGCCUUGAGCAGAAAACACAAAUCAAGGCUUGUCGGCGUCUGUCGUGCUGAAUAACCUCCUUAGAGACCAUUCCUUCUGUUGCUUAUAAAUGGUUGGACUGAAUUUAAAUACUUUUCUUCGUACAAUUCAAAUGCAAAAUGUUUUGUGUUAAUGUUGUGGUUCGAUAACAAAAGGGAAAUUGGUCAUAAAAAGAGAAUAAAGCAAUUACAGUCUGAACUCAGCAUUCACAUAGCUGUUAACAGGUAAGUUGUAGCUUAGUGCUAGUUUUGGUUUGCAUUAGUACGUGUUUAUGGCAGUAAUGCUAUUGGGACAAUGGCAGUGCUCUUAUGGGUGAUUUAGGGCAGCACAACUGGUGUCUGCAACCUUUUCCUUGUGGCAGUAAGGAUGCAGUUUGCACAGUGUAUGUGAAAUUACAGAGCAGCUUCCGAUUGCUGGUAGCCCAUCAGGGUCAGAAAAGCAUCCUGUCUGUGACUUCCAUAACUUCAGUGUCUUUUACCCUCUGGGAGGCAGAGGCUUGGUGUUCCUGGAGCAGCAGGUAGUGGCCUCUGAAUGAGGUGAAUGAAUGGCCUCCUGUGAUGGGGCAGAUAAUUCAUUUCUGAGCUUUUGUCCACGUUGAGAAAAGGAAGAUCGGCCCUUUGUGCAAGUACUGCUCCAUCGCAUCACCUUUCUUGUAGCUGCAGCUGGAAACCAGCAUCUCAGCGUGUGUAAAUGUGCUGCAAUGCCAUGUGUAAAUGUGCUGCAAUGCCAUUUGUGCUUCAGGAGAAGAGCAGAAAUGUUUCAGGAUUUUAGAUUAUGUUCCACAGAAUUCUAGACUCCGAACUAAAUAGCUGUGCUGGAGAUGGAGCAGUUGCUCGAGGUUUGGGAAGAGGUGCACGUCUGUGUCCUGGUGCUUCUGCUGGUUGAGUGACUUCACAUCUAUCCUGGGACAUGAUGACAGGUCAGCCUCUGUAGCGUGGCUCUCUGAAGGCACUCCAACCAGCAGCAGCUGAUUGCAUUGGAAAACUUUGGCCUCCUGCAGCUGGCAUGCCUGCUGUUCCCUGGUCUGAGGCAGCCCAUAACGUCACUGAAAUGACUGUCUGCUGAAACCUCACAAGCAUUGCCUGUUUGUCUCACCUGAUCAGAAUCAGAUUUAGUGCCACGUUCACAUAGUUGCGCUGUAUUUCCUUGGUUAGACUGCGCAGGGAUCAGCAAAGGCUUUGGCUGGCAGUGAUGUUUUGCUAAUAAAGACGUCUUUUCACAUAGGCUGAGUUCUGGCCUUCUGUAGGAGGGUGCUGGAAUAUGAGCAGUUACAGGGAAUAGCUUUGCCAACUCGGGAAUGAAGCUCAGGGACGCCCGCAGUGCUUUACAGGCAUCAGCAGUUCUGUGUGACUUCACAAGCAGUAAAAGUGGGGUGCGUUUGCUCUCUGUCCCCUGAUGGUUUUCUGCAGAGGAGCACAGAGAAAUGAAACAUAAUCGUGCCGAUUUCUCCUCCCUUCUACAUCACCUCUCAGAUGAGAAGCAGAGCGCGUUGCCUGUUGUAGGGCUCCUUGUCAGCAGAGUGCUGUUAGUAUUUGGAAAACAAUUCUGGAGGAUAAAAGCUCAUUUUGAAGGAGAGUUAAAGUGAACAUGACAUACCUGCAUGGUGCUGACAGGAUGACUGCUUUCCCCUUUACCUUAGAGUUUAACUAAUCCCCCUAACAGACCCAGUUAUGUUCUGAGUGCUUUGUGUGACCCCCAAACAAAGGGUAAACGCCACCAACAGAUCACAUUCAGGUGUUGAAAAUGGUUUUUCUGCUCCGUGGGAACAAAAGAGCUUGCAGUAAUUUUACAAAUGCUCUUCAGCUUCAGUGGAAGCAAAUGUUAAACCUCUUUCUCUAAUGGUAGGGGCUGUCACUCCUUUCUCUGGGUGCAGCACUAAGGAGCAGAGCACAGACCCGUUUUCUGACAGCCCUGUUUUCGUGCAUGUUGACCUUUGAGCAGCCAGUUCUCAUCAGUUAAAGUGUUUGGAGGAAAACUAACAUUGCAGAUUGAAUUAAUUCAGCAUCCUUCCUUUGGCAUCAGCUGCAAGAGGUGCUUCACACCAAAAUGAAAUCACUUUUGCAGUUAUUUUCUUCAUUUUAGAUACUUGCAGGCACUCUUUAUUGUUUUUGCUGGCAUAAAAGCCAUCACAGCAAGUCAGGCCUGCAGUCCCAGCUCCCAUCACCAACUGGUUUUGGAGAUCCAACUCCUGAAGCUAGAAUGGCUUCAGAGCAGCCUCCUCCCCUGCCUUGGCUUUCAGCAAUCCUUAAUUAAGGAGUGGGGGUCAUAGUUAGGUCAUCUGUUAGAGACUGAACAGCACUGUGUCAAUGCCUUUAUUUUUGUUGUUGUGUUCUUGAGCAUAAAUUCCUAAUCCUCCUUUUUCAGAUGAACAUAACUGUUAAUAAGUAGAUUUUCCAGCUAAACUUUGUGUUGCAAUUUUCUGGUCCUGUUUGCUCGAACUGUGACCAAUUGAGUCAAUGCUUGAGCUGUGUGAUGCCACCCCUGCAAGGUGAUGGGGAGGGGAGGUGGCAGUGCUUCAGAUCCCUCAUGAGCAGCUCAAGUGAUGCCCAGCACCAGCUUCCCCUCGGACCUGAGCCAUGUGCAUGUAUGUUCCCUCUUCCCCUCUCCAUUCGCUCCCAUCUCUGCUCCCCAGGCACCUGGUCUCCUUCCAUCCUGUUGUUUCCCAUUUCCAGCCGCUGCCUUUUCCCUUCUGAAGCACUUAUCAGGUCUUAUUCCAUAACCCUCCCCUUUCCUCCCUUCCCAACCAGGUUUCUCGUCCGCCCUCUGCACCGCAGCCUCUCUGCCUUGUGUUCUCCUAGGAUGGCGCCCCACCAUCCCUGCUCCCCCAGGACCACCACCAGCACUUUCCAGGCUCCUCCUCUCACUCCUUCCCCUGGCACAUGUUCCACUGCAGUCAUCCUCUCAGUACAGCAGGCCCUGAUUUCUCCCCCUCAUCUCUGCGACGUCACGGCUGCUCUCUCCACACGCCCACGGCAGCCAGGUUUAGCUCCCUGCUCUCACUCUCCUUUCAGGCUUUUCCUUUUCCUCUGGUGCAGAGCCCAGAACGGGAGGCAGUUCCUUCCAAAACGACUUCCUGCUCCCCUGUGCUCAGGGCAGGGGCCGCCUUGCCAGAGGAAGCUUUGUUUGCGGUCCAGUGGAGGUUGCUACCUGGUGACAAUAACUUGCUUGUUCCUUUGUGACCUGGAUAUGGCAGGCAGCCAUCAACCAAAGAGCCCAAAUGUAAUGCUGCUCCCCAUGGAGGCCUUCCAGGAUGCUCCAGUCUCUCUUUGGCUGUGUAGGGACCAGCUGCUUGGCUGGGCUGGCUGGCUGCCUUGGCGUAUAAAACUAAUUUGCAAAUCGAGUGCCUACGUGAAUUGGACUGAAUCCUUCCUCCAACCUCCUGUCCUUGGCUGUUGUUCUGUCCCUUGCAAGUUUUAUUUCAGCCUCGGGCUGCUCUCUCUGACUCUUGCUGUAGUGCUGACUUCCAGUUCCAGCCCAUUUACCCUGCCUUUCCCAUGCACCUGCAAUUCUUUGUCCUGGCUUUUCCUCUCGGUCAGCUUUUCCUCCUGGUGCAUUUUGUGUCAACCACUUUUCCUCCAUGCGUUCCUGCGUGGGAGUCAUUAGGAUGCAGGAGGUGAGACGAAACCUUCCCAGCCUUUGAUUCAUCCUGCAGACAGCCCAGUCUGACCAGGAGCAGCCAGGAAUACCAGUUGCUGGGUGUGUCAGGAUCCCAGAUCACGAAUGCAUGCUUGUUUCUCUGUGCCAUCAACAAGCAGCCUGGAUAUGGGGCUGAGCUGCACGUGACGCAGAUUUUUGCCACGUUUCAUCAUCUGUUCUUAGUGGUGCACAGCUAAUCAAAGCAGAAGGGUGCAUCCUCAUAUUGAAAGCCCUUCAAAGUAGGAGCACUUAGAGCUUUUCAGUAGAAAUGGUUUUGAGAGUUUUGCAUUAGAAUGGCAAAAUACGCAUUUCCUUUGCUCGUUCUUGAAUACUUUAGGACAAUUUUGGUAGUGAUUGUUCCAGAUACAGAGCUUGUGCCAUGUGUGCCCCAUUGGAGCCUGAACUGAUAUCUUUAAGCCACUGCAAACAGGUUCUUAAACCUGGAAGUCCCAGGCAUCGCUGGGAGGCAACGCAGCCAGGCCUGCUGCUGUCCCUCACUCCUUCCCUGCUCCCAGCAAAAUGAUCCUUGCUCAUCAUCCCCACCAUUCCCCAUACACAGCAUCGCUCUGCGUGCAGCUUCUGCCACGGCAGGACUUCUCCCUUCCCCAAUCUUCCCUGAUCCACUGUUAUUCUCUCUGUGGAACUCAGCUGGACUGAUCUGCAAGGUGAUCUGCAGCAUCUCUGGUGUGCCAUAAUCUCCUUUGCUCAGGAAUAAUACUUUGCUAAGAUGUAAUACUCCCUUUUCAGCUGCGAGCUCAGCUGUGGGGAUGUUCUGUUGAAUGUUUACUAUGCUCUGAAGGACCUGAUUUUGUGAUGUU